AUACUCACUCAUAAUAAAACAAAUUUGCAAAGAUUUCUUUACAAUAUUUUUCUUUAAUUUUUAGUAUUUGAAUAUAUAUAUUUUUUCAUUCUAGAAAAUAGUAUAUUCUCAUACUAUAUAUAAAGCUUAACCAAAUUGGAAACUAAGACAAUAACACAUCUUAGAGAUUCAAAAAAAAUACUUUGUGAAAUUAUUUUCUUGAAUUUUGUUUUUAAAAAUGGCUAGUAAUAGCAGUUCAAUCUCUACAUCAGCCAAAAGGCUAGAUGGUAAAGUAGCAGUUAUUACUGGAGGUGCAAGUGGAAUAGGUGCUACAACUGCAAAAUUAUUUGUCAAAAAUGGUGCUAAAGUUGUAAUACUUGAUGUUCAAGAUGAUCUUGGCCGUUCACUUUGCAAUGAAAUUGGGUCAGAACAAAUCUCGUACGUCCAUUGUGAUGUUACCAAUGAAACACAAGUUGAAAAUGCCAUAGAUUUUGCAGUAUCAAAGCAUGGGAAAAUUGACAUAAUGUACAAUAAUGCAGGCAUAAUCGGAAACAUGGCUCCAGGUAUCACCACAACGGAUUACGAGAACUUAAAAAAAGUAUUCGACAUCAACGUGUUUGGCGCCUUUCUGGGCGCCAAACACGCUGCACGCGUGAUGAUCCCGGCUAAGAAAGGUGUCAUUCUGUUCACGGCGAGCGUGGCGGGCGUAGUAGCCGGGAUGUCACCGCACACCUACGCUGCGUCCAAGCACGCGGUUAUCGGUCUAUCGAACAAUUUAUGUGUUGAAUUAGGGCAAUAUGGUAUAAGAGUAAAUUGUAUCACACCACAUGUUGUUGAUACACCAUUGUUAACAAAAUUUGUUGGUGAAAUUGAUAAAAAUAAAGUUGAUGAAGCAAUUAUGAAAUCAUCAAAUUUAAAAAUAGAAAAAUUAGAAGCAAAUGAUGUUGCUAAUGCUGCUGUUUAUUUAGCAAGUGAUGAAGCUAAGUAUAUUAGUGGAUUAAAUUUAAUGAUUGAUGGAGGUUAUAGUAAAACUAAUCCACUUUGUCCUAUGUAUAUUAGUGAGAUACUUAGUGGAUUUAAUUAAGUUGGAUUUUUGGAUUAGUUUUCUUUAAUAAUAAUGUGUUUGAGGAUUUAAUUCGAACCUCAUUUUUAUUUUUUGAAA